AACCCUAUGUCUUAUUGCGGAACUGCAGACGGGCGGAGCGGAUGCUGCUGUAGAAAAACUAGUUAAUAAAACCGAGCUUCAAUAAAACGUCUCCUUUUUAAUAAGUGCUCUAGUUAUCGGGUUAAACAACGACCCAGAGACUGUCCUGUAGUGUUUAACAGGUUUGGAGGCCCCUUGUUAAUUGUUAUCUAACCUGUUAGCUAUCUGUCUAAAUCCAAUGUAGCUCAUUAGCCGGUAAGCUAGCAAAAAAAGCCAUGAUGGAGAAGAAGGAGCAGGUCCAGCUCAGGAACAACCCCCGCAGGCAGUUGAAGAAGCUCAGUGAGGACAGUUUGACGAAGCAGCCUGAAGAAGUGUUUGAUGUGUUGGAGAAGCUCGGAGAGGGAUCUUAUGGCAGUGUGUUUAAGGCCCAUUAUAAGGAGACAGGGGAGAUUGUGGCCAUUAAACAGGUUCCUGUGGAGUCUGACCUGCAAGAGAUCAUUAAAGAGAUCUCUAUUAUGCAGCAGUGCAACAGCCCUCAUGUGGUGAGGUACUAUGGCAGUUACUUUAAGAACAGUGAUCUUUGGAUCGUGAUGGAGUACUGUGGGGCUGGCUCUGUAUCUGACAUUAUCAGGCAACGCAACAAAACGCUGGCAGAGGAUGAAAUUGCAGCCAUAUUGCAAUCCACUCUGAAAGGACUGGAGUACCUGCACUUCAUGAGAAAGAUCCAUAGGGAUAUCAAAGCUGGGAACAUUUUGCUGAACUCAGAAGGACAGGCCAAAUUGGCUGACUUUGGAGUUGCUGGGCAGUUAACUGACACAAUGGCAAAGCGAAACACAGUAAUUGGAACGCCAUUCUGGAUGGCUCCAGAGGUCAUUCAGGAGAUUGGUUAUAAUUGUGUUGCUGAUAUUUGGUCUCUGGGUAUCACUGCAAUAGAGAUGGCAGAAGGAAAACCACCGUAUGCAGACAUACACCCUAUGAGGGCAAUAUUCAUGAUCCCAACAAAUCCACCACCAACAUUUCGGAAUCCUGAUCAGUGGUCAGAACCUUUCAGAGACUUUGUGUCACAGUGUCUGGUGAAGAAUCCUGAAAACAGAGCAACAGCCACACAACUGCUACAGCAUCCAUUUAUAAAAAGUGCUAAAUCCAACAGUGUCCUGAGAGCACUGAUUACAGAGGCAAUGGAGCUCAAACUGAAGAAACAGGAGGCUGAGCAACGAGAACAGGAUGCUGAGGAUGAAGAUAACUCGGAUGAUGAUGAAGUGGACCAGGGCACUAUGGUAAGGGCUGGAGCAUCAGACAUGGGAACGGUCCGUGCAGUGGGAUUACUGGGCAGCACAUCAGGAACCAUGAUAGAGCAUGACGGCACCAUGGAGUCUCAGCUCGGCACCAUGGUCAUAAACUCUGAUGAUGAAGAUGAGACUGCAGGCACCAUGAAACACCAUGAAGAAACGAUGCAGCCAGCUAAGCCAUCAUUCCUUGAGUAUUUUGAACAGAAAGAGAAGGAGGCCAACAAAAACAGUGACAAUGACAAUAGCAAAGCACCUGCAGAAGCUGAUAUGGAGCUGAUGCGUUCCUGGAGCGUGGAGGAACUCAAGAGACGUUUGGCCUCUCUGGAUCCUCAGAUGGAGCAGGAGAUUGAGGAGAUCCGUCAGCGCUACCAGACCAAACGCCAGCCCAUUCUUGAUGCCAUUGAGGCCAAAAAGCGUCGCCAGCAAAACCUCUGAGCUGCCUGAACUGGCUGAAGGUGGCAGUUUUAUUUAGAACACUGUUGGUUACUUACGAAGGUACCUAUGAAAGUUCACAAAAACACUUCUUGUUUUUGCCUAACUUAGAGUUCUCUCUUUGCAUUUAUUUUAAUAUUAUUAUUAUUAUAUAUUAUUUUUUGCUUUUUUUUUAAUAUAUGUGUGAUUCUGUGACCACUGCUGUUGCAUAUUAGACUAAAUAUGAUGGUACCUUUGAAAUUGAAAAGCCGGGGAAAAAGUAUUUCUGUCGUACACUGUACCUUUAUGUUUUACACCUCUUCAAUUUGCCCAGUACUCUGUUCUAAAUGUUGUACUGUAGUGUGCAUGUGUUUCUUUUAUAUACUGUUUGGUGUAGCUUUAAUGUUGUAGGUGCACAUUUUAUUGAUCAUAAAGCAACUUAAUACAUUAGAAAGAAAGUGUUUGAGUUUUUAAAAUGGACCUUUUUGAUCAGGGAUAAUGUUCUUGGGUGGUACUGCAGAUGUUUUAUUUUUCUUAAUUGAAUUUUGAAUGGACUCAAAUUUACUGUGCUUAAAGUCAACCUAUAAUCAAAGAUGACCAAUUUUACUUUGUUAGUUUGUAUCCCUGUUCAUAGUAAGCUUGAUUCAUCACUGUAUAUUUUGACAGUUGUUAUUUAUUUCUGGAGGUUUUUGUAUUUUUUUAAUGUCCUUGUGUACAAGCAGCUGGGCAAUGUAAUGUAACCAAUGAUGUCAAAUUUCUCCUCCUCCACCCAGCACUCUAUCAUGGAGAGAACAUGAUUUUCUAGUUCAGAGAUUUCAGAUUUGUGUUGACUUUUAAGCUGGAGGGAGGUGGAAAACAUUUGCACAAGUUUGCACAAGGUGAUUCCUGAUAUGCUGUCAAAUGAAAGAAACUCAGACUCAAUCUGUCUUGAUAUCUUUCGGUGUUUGAAGUCUGUAGGAUGUAUGUUCAUGCAGUGAAGUUAUUCUGAACAGUUUAUUAGAAUUUUAAAGUUGUUUUGGUUUAAAACUGUAGGGACUGGCAUAAGCAACCGUCUCAACACUGCACCAGCUCAGACAGCGCACAUAAUUAUAAGAUUACUAAGGCCUAGUUGUGAAGUGGAAGUAAUUAAUAGUAAAAGUAAUUUUUGCCUUAAUGUAACUGAGAUGUGCUCCUACUUUGGAUACAUAUCAGAUACAUGUGCAGCUUUAAUGAGCUGUCAGAUUCAGUCAGUUCAUGUAUUAUUAUUAUUUUUUUUUCCUUUCCAUUGUGUAUACUCUGCCAUUCCUUGAUGAUGUGGAAUCUGACAAUUAACCUGAAGUUGGUGCCGAGGGGCUGGGCACAAUGAGAACGCUGGUAAUCUUCCACAAUCAGGCGUUUUGUGAAAGAGCGCAGUGUUUUUCACUCUCGUGUUCACUGUUUCACAACGGCUGUUGUUUCAUUCCUGCUAGUACUAAGUGAGUUUGGUAAUGCUGUUUGCUACAGGGCCUUAUUUGCACAGUGCUUAGCUGUCAGAAAUACUGGGCGUGGCUUUUUGCUGUCAGGAGGGCUGAUGGGAGUCUCUCUUCACUGUAAACAACUGUUCACUAAUAUACGCUUUUCCACUGUAAUAGCUUUUGGUAGCUUUUGGAUUUCUGGUCUAGGCUAGCGAAACGCAGCUCUACAACAUAGUUCUAAGCUUGCAUAAUUAUAUUACAUUUUAUAUGAACAUGUUAUUUUCUAUAACAUGUUGCAUUUGUGCUAGAAAUGUUGCAGAAUUCGAAAAUGAAAAUGCAAUGAAAGAUUUUUCUGACUAAAGAUACUGCAUUUUUUUUCAUACACUCUUACUUUUUACUAUUCCAAUUAAAAUAGGCCAAGAAAAGGUACUAAAACAAGUGUUUCCCUGAUAAAAUAAAACGAGUGCACUUUCAAAGUGUAGAGUUAGACCGGGUUACAAUUUUAUAUGUAUAGUUUCAUUGUUUUUAACUUUGAUGAACAAAACUGUGCCUGUACUGUAAUUUUUUUCCUGGCAGUGUGUGCAUGACAAUUCACUUGAACACAGGGCACAUCCAUUAUUAUUUCUUAAAAAAGGGAUUUGUUAUUUUGCUUUCCAUUAAAAGCACAUAACUUUAUUUUACCAAUGUGGAUGCUCAAUAUCAAUUAUUGUUUAUGCUGGAAUGACCAUUCAUUUCACAUAUUAUGAAGUUGUUGAAUGAACAGAUGUAAAUGUAAAAUAUUUUUUUCUUAACAAGCUUAAAGGGACUUUUUUUGUUGUAUUGUAUUGACAUAGGAGACAGUUUUUUUAUUUUUUGUAUGUUGUGUGUCUGUGCAGGUUAGACUCAGGAUUCAUUGACUCAGGAUAUUUUCUAUGGUUAGAAUGGUUUACCUACUGCUUAGCAAAGCAUCAUUUCUUUUGAUGAAUGCAUUUUAAAAUGUAUACAUAUGUAUAUAUGUAUUUAAACUAAAUACUAAAUAUCUGAAUAGAAAUUCCAUAGAAAAUGGAUUUAUUGUGUCCAGUAAAAGCUCACAACCACAGCUUGUUGUCUGCCUGCUCUGAUAUUAGGACACAAGUGCUCAGACUUCAGUGAGUUUUCAUAAAAGAAUGUUAGUCUUUACCAUCCUAGUGUGUGUUUAUUAACACAGACCAAACAUGCCAGUAGUCACGGAAUGACCUUAUGUAAAUUUACCAUAAAGUUUAAACUGAGGGGAUGGUUUAGGAAUGCUGUAUAAACUGUAAGGUGUUUUCUUGUGAGUGGGAUUGAACAUUCCGGCAUUUUCAUGGCAGAUUGAGUUAUUCCUGAUAUUGGUUUGUGGGCAUUUAAGUUCCUUAAUCCACAGUGUGGAUAACUUUUUUUACUGGGAAUACAUCAGAGAAAUUAUUACCACCCACGGUGGACAGCAAAGUGGGUGGUAAUGAUUGCGAGCAGUGGCUUCUGGUGGAAAGUGACAUGCAUAUCCUGCAGGUCAGUACAGCGUUCUUUAGCCUCUGUGAAACACGGAAAGUGUUGCACCAUGAUAACAGUUCUGGUUUUGAAUUUUUGGCAUGUCUGUGUACAUACACUUAAAAAUUUAAAAGAAAUGUGUUACCUUUUUUAGAUAACUGCCUAAAACACAUUCAUCCUAUAAUUAUUUAAUCUGUUACACCCUGCAUUAAAGGGAACUUCAAUGAUUGAGCUUGUUGUUAAAUAUUUAAUGAUUAACUAUUUCAUGCAUUUUGCAUAAAAUGUGAAUACAGAACUGAUGUCAGUACAUGCUCUCUGUUCUAAUACUUUUCCCGAACAAGGUUUUCUAUAACGUGCCUUAAAUUAUGCAGAGAACAUCUAUUCACUGUUGUAAGUUUAUUUUUUAUUUUUUUUUGCUUGUUUUGAUCUGUGUGAAUAAUAAACCAGAUUCAUGAUCAUG